CAAAAAUCUUAAAAACUUAUUAGAAGCUUAUUGCUAAUCUUGCUGCAAUUUUAUGGACAAUGUAUAGGAUGCUCCCGGUUUGUUUGGUUACGGAUAGCUCCUGGAACCGGCGAAUGUUCCGGCCAUAUGGGCUGUAAAUCCUGACCGAAUUCCAGUGUUCCUCGUUGUCCGUUUUGUUUGCCUCCUUCUGUUCCCUUUUUCCUUUUUUUUGAUACUUUUUUCUUUUCUACACGCAGCUGCUGCGCGGAGAGGGAAGGGCACGGAGAUGCGAUUGAAGCCUGUCGUUACGGUCGGAAUUUCGGCGCAAUCUUUGGCGGCGUCGCCGCGUGAAGUUUCACACAACUACCCACUGAAUACAGUUCGAGCAUAUAUCCGAUUUAUCCAAAUUUUUGGUUAUAUUUCAUGGGUUCAAUAAUGAAAAGUCAAUGAAGCGUUUGCGCAGACAGCGAACGCGAACACAAAAGAAAAUGCACGAUGUUGCUGCCCCUGGCUGCAAACUUACACUUUUGCACGUUCGACGCGUUCUGGUUGGGUUUCCCCAGUUGCUAGCACUUGCGGGAUGGCAAUUAAGAGCCAGGGCUACACAGUCGCACCACAGCGUUUUGGCAUUAUUUUGCCCGCUAAAUCGUCAGGGCUGUACAAGUGGUCGCGUUCAGCGAGAACUAAUAAAGAGUGAUUUUUCACUAAGCGGUUAUGUUAUCGAUAAUUGUUGUACCUUGGUUACCUAUAUGAAUUGGAGAAAUUAA